CUUAAUUAAUAAAUUAUUUUUCAGAUGGGCGAUGUUGAUCCCGAAACGUUGUUGGAAUGGUUAUCGAUGGGCCAAGGAGAUGAAAGGGACAUGCAGUUAAUCGCAUUAGAGCAGCUAUGUAUGCUACUUUUAAUGUCCGAUAAUGUUGAUCGGUGUUUCGAAAGUUGUCCUCCUCGAACAUUUCUGCCAGCUUUAUGCAAGAUAUUUUUGGAUGAGCUUGCACCUGAAAAUGUUCUUGAAGUUACUGCACGCGCCAUAACCUAUUAUCUGGAUGUAUCUGCGGAGUGUACCCGAAGAAUUGUUUCCAUCGAUGGCGCCAUUAAAGCCAUUUGUAACCGAUUAGUUGUUGCCGACUUAUCUUCACGUACAUCACGUGAUCUUGCAGAGCAAUGUAUUAAAGUUCUUGAACUUAUAUGCAGUAGAGAAGCAGGAGCAGUUUUUGAAGGCAGUGGUUUAAAUUGUGUUUUGUCAUUUAUUCGGGACUGUGGUUCCCAAGUUCACAAAGACACACUACAUUCAGCCAUGUCUGUUGUUUCACGACUUUGCACUAAAGUGGAACCCAAUUCACCAUGUAUAGAUAACUGCGUGGAAAGUUUAAGUACUUUACUGCAACACGAAGAUGCACUGGUAUCGGAUGGUGCUUUAAAAUGCUUUGCAUCUGUUGCGGAUCGAUUUACACGGAAAUGGGUUGACCCUGCACCUUUAGCUGAAUAUGGCUUAGUUGCCGAACUGCUCAAACGUCUAGAAAAUGCUGCUGGCGUCAAUAGUCACUCCCUAUCUACAUCUAAAUUAAGUGGGCCUGCAUCCGCCAACCUUAAUGCAGACCGACUUAAUGAAAAUGGUUCAGGAUCAUCGAACGCAGCAGGAAAAAUUCAAGCAAACGAAUUCCGGUCGCCACAAUCAAUAUCGACAACAAUUUCGCUGCUGUCUACAUUAUGUCGUGGAUCACCAUCUAUAACGCGUGAUAUCUUAAGGUCUCCGUUACCGAAUGCCAUUGAAAGAGCUCUAAAGGGGGAUGAACGCUGCGUGCUUGACUGCAUGCGAUUUGCAGAUCUAUUACUUCUCCUCUUAUUUGAAGGUCGGCAAGCAUUGAACAGGGUCAGUGCCAAUAGUAAUCAAGGCCAAUUGGCUCCAAGACCAAAACGGAAUGACUCCAGUACUGAUCGUACUCAUCGACAACUUAUAGAUUGCAUACGAUCAAAAGAUACCGAAGCUUUGCAAGAGGCAAUCGAAACUUGCGGUGUUGAUGUGAAUUGUAUGGAUGACGUAGGGCAAACUCUAUUGAAUUGGGCAUCUGCUUUUGGUACUUUGGAAAUGGUUGAAUAUUUAUGUGAGAAGGGCGCGGAUGUGAACAAAGGACAGAGAAGCUCAUCUCUUCACUAUGCUGCUUGCUUUGGCCGCCCUGGAAUAGCAAAGAUUUUACUUAAAUUUGGUGCUUAUCCAGAUUUGCGCGAUGAAGAUGGAAAAACACCUCUUGAUAAAGCGCGUGAAAGAUCAGAUGAUGGCCACCGCGAAGUUGCUGCGAUUUUGCAAUCUCCUGGUGAAUGGAUGUCUUCUGGAAACAUACUGACAAAUAAGGAAGGACAAAUGUACACAUCUAUAGAACCGCGCGGGGAUCCUGAAAUGGCACCGGUCUAUUUAAAACUACUUUUGCCCAUACUCUGUCGAACAUUUCAGGGUUCUAUGCUUUCUAGUGUUCGACGAGCUAGUUUGAGUCUAAUAAAAAAGAUUGUUCAGUAUGCACACCCUUCAGUUCUUAAAAAUAUUUGUGGAAAGUGUGAUGAACCCACAACUUCAAUAGCCACUCAAAGUGUUGGAAACUUGCUAACUGAAGUUAUCGCUAGCGUCUUGGACAGCGAGGAUGAUGAAGAUGGCCACGUAGUUAUUUUGAAAAUUAUUGAGGAGCUGAUGUGUAAGGCGCAAGAAGAAUAUAUUGAGCACUUUGCGCGAUUGGGAGUAUUUUCUAAAGUACAAGCUCUGAUGGAUCAAAACGAAGACCAUUCAUCACAAUUCUCGUCAGGCUCUCCAGAGUUUUCGUCAACACAAAAGGGAUCAACUUAUUGUAUGCCGAGUAGAUCAGUUUCAGAUGAUUUAGUGGAGGAUGCUAAAGAAAUUUUGCAAGGCAAGCCCUAUCAUUGGCGGGACUGGAGCAUUUGUCGAGGUCGAGAUUGUUUAUACGUUUGGUCAGAUUCCGCUGCAUUAGAGCUUUCUAAUGGUUCCAAUGGCUGGUUCCGCUUUAUACUUGACGGAAAAUUAGCUACAAUGUAUUCAAGCGGAAGCCCCGAAAAUGGAAAUGACAGCUCAGGUAAAUAUAAGCAAUCUUACUUUUUGUUGAUCUAUGCUUCUAGAAUUUUCCAAGAAGUGUUCACACUUAAUUAUAUCUAA